AUGGGUAAAGAAGCAGACAAGCAAAGCAAAAGCACUAAGGUUCACAAGAAGACUCAACCAGUUAGACUCUACACCAAGGCAGUGUUCACUGGAUUCAAAAGAGGUAAAAGCACCCAACAUGAACAAUUUGCUCUUCUCAAGAUCAAGGGUGUGAAUGAUAAGAAAGACACCUCAUCCUACUUCGGAAAGAGAGUCGCUUACAUUUUUAAGGUCAAGAACACUUCAAACAACACUAGAUUCAGAGUUAUCUGGGGUAGAGUCGUCAAGUCUCACGGAAACAACGGUUCUGUUAGAGCAAAGUUCGCAAGAAAUCUUCCACCAAGAGCCAUGGGAUCUACUCUCAGAGUUAUGCUCUAUCCCAACAGAGCUAUCUGA